UUGUGGAUGGGUAUGAAUAUGAUCAUGUCGUUGCUGCUCAAGGGCCCCCAUCAUCUCUGGAUCUGAAACUUCUUUUUGUAGGCAAGAUUUUCUCUCAGCUUGUGUUUUCACGGCACACCGUGAAACAAAUAUAAGGCCAAGGCCACUAUCUUAUUCUCCUUAUUCUUCUUCAACUCCUUUCAUCCAUAUAUGUUGAUUCUUUAACAACAAAGUUUCAACUUGUUCCACAUCUGGAAUUGUUUUUGUUGCACAAGCAUAAACAUUAGAGGGAAGAUGGCUAGAGAAAUUUGUGAUGAUGAAUCAAAGAACAAUAUUGUUGUAUCUUCAGCAGGUUUUUGUUACUCGGAUGCUUCAUCUGGUAACUCAACCAUGCAAACCCAUCUCGUGAAUCAGAUCCAAGGCUUUGAAUCCAACCCUGAGAUCUUCAACUUGACAACAGGCAUGGAGAUGGUAGGGUUCUUCAACAAAAAUGGAAGUAACAAUGCUGCAGGUCCUUCUUCCAAGGCAGUAACUGAGUUCCAGAAACCUGAGUUCACAACUGCGUUACCCGAGUCAGCUCCCUGGCAAGAAAACAGGUUGCUUGUUGACGAUUCUUCUUUGAGGUGCGUUUUCCCUUGCGAGGGAAACCAGAGGCCAAGUCAAGGUCUUUCACUCUCUCUUUCAUCGACCAAUCCCACUAGUAUUGGGAUACAAUCUUUUGAACUAAGACAGAGCGGCCACGGCCAUGUCUAUGAUAAUCAGCAUGAUGAUACAAGGUUCAUCGGUUCAUCAAGUUCUCGAGAUGGGUUCUUUGUAAAGCCUGCAAAUUUACAUCAUCAACAGCAGUUUCAGGUGAGGAAUUCAAAGUACUUGGGACCUGCUCAAGAGCUUUUGAAAGAGUUCUGCAGCCUGGGAACUAAACAAAUCGAUGCAUCAAAACAAAAGCUGCCGACCCAUGAUGACGAAAAUGGAGCUAGCUCUUCAAUGAAACAAUCCCUUCUUCAUUCCCUUGAUUUCAUGGAGUUGCAGAAAAGAAAAAUCAAGCUGCUUUCAAUGGUGGAAGAGGUGGAUAGAAGAUACAAGCACUACUGUGAUCAAAUGAAAGCGGUGGUGUAUUCAUUUGAAUCAGUGGCUAGCAUUGGGGCAGCAUCCGUGUAUUCAGCUUUAGCAUCCGAGGCCAUGUCAAGGCAUUUUCGAUGCCUAAGGGAUGCCAUCGUCGGUCAAAUUCAAGCUACGAGGAAGGCCACCGGAGAAAAAGACUCGGUUGCACCGGGGACAACGAGAGGCGAAACACCAAGUCUAAGGAUCCUCGAUCAAACUUUAAGGCAGCAAAGGGCAUUUCAACAGAUGAACAUGAUGGACUCUCAUCCAUGGCGACCCCAAAGAGGCCUACCCGAAAGAUCAGUCUCGGUUCUUCGAGCUUGGUUAUUUGAGCAUUUUCUACACCCAUAUCCAAGCGAUGUUGAUAAACAUAUCUUAGCUCGCCAAACAGGUCUCUCAAGAAGCCAGGUAUCCAAUUGGUUCAUCAAUGCCAGAGUGAGACUAUGGAAGCCAAUGGUGGAAGAAAUGUAUUUGGAAGAAGCAAAGGAGCAUGACAACAAAAUGGCCUCACCUAAUGUAGCAACUGAUGUUAAUGAUCAUAAUAUCAGCCAUCUUAAUCAAAACGAUCGAAAACCCACCUCCGACCAGCUUGUUAGUGUCAAAUCCGAAUGUCUCUCGUCCAUUAUCACUACGAAUCCGGAUAAAAACGAUGCCAAAACCGUUGAGAACCAGCACGAUUUUCAUCAUCACCAUCAUCAACAACAGCAGCAACAACAUGAAUUUUCAACUUAUGGUGCCAUGGAUUUGGACUUCUCUUCCUACAGUCAUCAAACUGCAGCUGGUGGUGGGGUACCCUAUGGAAAUGAUCACACUAGUAAUACCAAUAACCAAAUUUUCAACGGAGGAUCGGGCGUGUCAUUGACGUUAGGGUUACAACAGCAUGAUGGGAAUGGGGUGAGCUUAGCUUUCACACCAGCAGCACAAAGCUCCCUGUUUUACCCUAGAGACCAAAUGGAAGAUUGUCAACCAGAUCAGUACUCAGUUUUAGAUGGUGAAGGACAGCAUUUGCCUUACAGGAACUUGAUGGGUGCACAGCUGCUUCAUGAUUUGGCUGGAUAGCAACGAAAUACAAAAAAGGGAAAUUAUAUAUAUAUAUAUAUAUAUAUAUAU